CUCCUCCUGCGCCAUCCAUCCACUGUUCCUCCAUCCCCAUCUCUCUCUCUCCCCCUCAGCCUCUCUCUCUCUGCAGGUUCUCCAGCAUGGAUUGACCACCUGAGCAUGGCAAUCUCGGGCUGCUGCUGCCGCUUGGGUGGGCACAUGAUUGGAUCACUCCUCGCCACCACCGGCCGCUAGGCUCACACUCCUGCCGAGAUUCCAGCACGCGCAUGCACACGCGCUGCGGAUUUCGAUCGGUCGAGGACCAGUGAACCAGCAGAUUCAGGGAAGGAGAAGGAGAAGGAGGGAGGGCUAGCAACAGCAUGGAUCACCACCAUCACCACCACCACCACCAUCAUCACAUGAUCCCUGGACAGGAGCCGUCGGCCGGGGACGGUGCACCCCAGGACAACUUCUUCCUCGGCCCCGCCGGCGUCGGCAUCUUCGGUGGCGUCGGCGGCGCGUCGGGGGCCGGCUCGUCCUCGUCGGGCGCCGCUGGGGGCUCCGGGACCUCGGCGGGUGGCGGCGGCGGCGGCGGCGCAGGAGGAGGCCCGUCGCCCUCGGGGUCGUCGCCGUCGCUUAGCCGGUACGAGUCGCAGAAGCGCCGGGACUGGAACACGUUCGGGCAGUACCUGCGGAACCACCGGCCGCCGCUGUCGCUGUCGCGGUGCAGCGGCGCGCACGUGCUGGAGUUCCUCAAGUACAUGGACCAGUUCGGCAAGACCAAGGUGCACACGGCGGUGUGCCCCUUCUACGGCCACCCAAACCCGCCGGCGCCGUGCCCGUGCCCACUCCGCCAGGCCUGGGGCUCCCUCGACGCGCUCAUCGGCCGCCUCCGUGCCGCCUACGAGGAGAACGGCGGCACGCCCGAGAUGAACCCCUUCGGCGCGCGCGCCGUCCGCCUCUACCUGCGCGAGGUGCGCGAGACGCAGGCGCGGGCCAGGGGGAUCAGCUACGAGAAGAAGAAGCGCAAGAAGCCGUCGUCGUCUACGUCCGCCGCCGCGGGGCCAUCGUCCGAGGGGAGCCCGACUGCUGGCCCGUCCGGCAGCGGCGGAGGCGACACGUCGGCGUCGCCACACUUCAUCAUGCCGUGACCGUACCGUGAGUUUUCCCUAGCUGCUAGGCGAUCCAUCUGAGCUAGCUAGCCGCCGCGCAAGUUCUCUCCUUCUUUGGGAUGCCAGUGCUGGUUCAUCGAUCAACUACGCCAAGGCCGCCAUUGUUCUUUUACUUGCCUUCCCAAUUGGCUUCUUGCAUUUUGCAAAGGAUUUCCCCCCACCUUAAUUUCCAUUUGUUUCACUUCAAGUAAGUUCAUUCGUGACGAGUACUAAUUUGUUGCUGUUAAUUCUCUCUAGCUUUGGGAUCAACUGGUAGCUGAGUUUGAUUUUGUUUUUGCCUGUUUCAAUUUGCUAGCUCCUCGUGAGAAUCUCUAGCUAGUGGUAGUGACCAGUGAGCCAUUUUGGCAUUGGAGAAAAUUGCAAGAACAAAACUAGCUACGAACUCUAUAUAUAAUUUGCUCUCGUGAGAAGAGCUUUGCUAACUAA